AUGGAUGCUACUGAACAUAUGCAGAUGUUUGUGAAUGGUCUAAAAAUAAAGACCAAACAGCUAAUUGAUACCGCAGCCGGUGGUUCCACAAAUUUUUCAACAGCCACCGAUAUCAAGAAGAUCAUUGAAGCUAUUGCUGCUAGUGAGCAUAUGGAGUUGUACGAUAGGUGUCAAAGCAAACCAGAAGGGGUGAUAGAUUUAAAGCUGGAAACUGCAAAAACCCGUAUUGAAGAUACUAUAGCUGCUGAAGUUAAGAAAAAGUUGAAGGCGAUGAAUAUAGGUACACGACAGGUGGCACAAAUCCAACCAACCCCUACUAUUUUUGUGAAAUCUAAUCAUCCCGACAUCUCCUGGAAAGACCAAAAAGCGACCGCCCCUCAACAUGGUCAGUACCAAACUCAAUAUCAACAACAUCAGCAGCAACAAAUGCCUAAGAAAGCUGGGUGGGAGAUUUCCAUUGAAAGAAUGGUAGCUCAUCAUGUUCAAUUUCAAGAAGAAACCCAGAACUAUCAGAAAAACACCAUAGCUUCCAUAAAAAAUCUUGAAGUCCAGAUGCGUCAAAUCGCUCAACAAAUAACAUCAAGUUCUCAAGCACAAGGUGUUCUACCUAGUGCAACUGUGCCCAAUCCUAGAGAGCAUCAUAACGUGAGCACUGUGACAACACGGAGUGUUGUUAGAGAAGAAGUGGUAGCACCGAAACCGAUUGUGAAAGAAACAGUCAUUGAGCCCAAGCCGGCUGUUAAGCUCCCAUUCCCCACGAGAAACAAGAAAAAAGGACAACAUGAGAAAAAUUUCAAAAAAUUCUUAGAGUUUUUCAAGAAGUUGGAGAUUAACAUUCCUUUGUUGGAGGCACUUGAACAAAUGCCUACUUAUGCCAAGUUCAUGAAGGACAUCAUUUCGAAUAAGCGUACCACCAACACUAACCCGAUCAUUUUAACUGAAACUUAUAGUGCUAUUUUGCAGGGUAUGAAGAUUCCGAUAAAGAAGGAAGAUCGAGGAGCUGUCACCAUCACGUGUACUAUUGGAGAUAGGUCGUUCAACAAAGCUCUUAUUGAUAUGGGAGCUAGUGUGAGUCUCAUGACAUUAUCCAUUUACAAGAAGCUUGGUAUAGGGGCGGUGCAAGAUACCAGGAUAACACUCCAAUUCGAAGAUCAUUCGGUCAAGAAACCGUAUGGUAUUGUUAAAGAUGUCCUGGUGAAAAUUGACAAGUUUGUAUUUUCGGUCGAUUUUGUAAUUCUAGAGAUGUCGGAAAAUGAAGAGAUCCCUCUCAUUCUUGGUAGACCCCUUUUUGGAGACGGGAAGAUGUGUAAUCAACAUAGGAGAAGGAACCAUGACGUUGAAGGUUUAUGA